AUGACGAAACAUUCUAGGCAAAGCACCCUUACUUGUAUUUUUGUAGUUAUUUCAGCCUUAUCGGGUUCACACCUGUCUCUGGUUUUCUCAAUUAGUGCAAUCUCUGAAGCACCUCAGAGCAAAAUGGGUUGCAAUAAUCUUUGUGGGAAUACAACAAUUCCAUAUCCAUUUUAUCUUAAGCCCUGCGAUAAUACUAAUAACGACUUUGGACUUGAAUGCUACAACAAUUCCACUUUGAUGAUUACAUUGAACAAGGUUAGCUACACUGUGACCAGCAUUGAUCCAGAUAGCAUCAUUAUUAAUCCUAAUAGGUCUUCUUGUGAUAUAAACCUACAGAAAUUCACUAUCGAUGGUAUAAGAAGCUAUGCAAUUUCCAAUAGUAACAUUAUCCAGUUCUCUGAUUGUAAAAAUUUGAGAAAUUGUACUUUUAGUUGCAGCAUUCCUGCUACCGGAAAUGAUGAACAAUGCAAGCUUGUAAAUACCUGCUGCAACUAUCUUGAGAAUGAUACACUCUGGCAACCUGGAUAUCCUGACUUUACCCAAUUCUCCCAGAUGCAGUGCAAAGGUUUCACUAGCUGGGUGCUUUCAAGUGUCAUUCCUAAUCGCCUUGAAAAUUAUGGGCUGAAACUGGGGUGGGCUCUUAUGGGAAACUGCACAACAUUUAGAUGUGAUGCCAAUGCACUCUGCGCUAAUGCCAUAUAUGUCAAAGGUGGUGUAAGGUCCGCUUGUAAGUAUGGCUAUAAAGGAGACGGAUUUAAUGAAGGGGCUGGUUGCCGUAGAGAUCUAGCCAGAGGUGGUAAAAACAAUGGGGUAAAGAUUGGAUCAAUCAUUCGCGGCAUCCUCGUUGUUCCAUUGGUCUUGGUAUUGAUGUUUAUCUAUCGUAGAAGAUACACUCGAAAACCAGAUUUACCGGUCAUGGUACCGAACAAUGUCAGUACUCGUUCAUUUAGCAUAGAAGAGCUGAAGACAGCGACACAUAAUUUCAGCCAAGAGAUCGAUAAAGGAGGUUUUGGAACCGUCUUCUAUGGCAAGUUACUGGAUGGAAAAGAAAUUGCUGUAAAAAUUGAUCUUCUCUCAAGAGUGAAUCAUAAGAACUUGGUGUGGUUGCUUGGCUACUGCAACUCCUCUAAGGAACUUAUGCUUGUUUAUGAAUACGUGGGUGGAGGAUCGCUCAGGGAUCACUUUCAUGGUUCUUUGGCAAACUCCUCUGCCCUAGACUGGAAAGCUAGGAUUCGAGUAGCUCUAGAUGCAGUAGAAGGUUUGGAAUAUAUGCAUUCGAGGUCCAGACCGAAAAUCAUUCACAGAGAUGUGAAGAGUUCAAACAUCCUCCUAGACUUGAAUAUGAGGGAAAAAGCCGUAGAUUUUGGGCUUUCAAAAAUUCUUCAAGAUGAUCGGAUCUCUCAUGUGACUACCACGAUUAAAGGAACCAUGGGAUACCUGGAUCCAGAUAACAAGAAGUUGACAGAGAGAAGUGAUGUAUAUAGCUUUGGAGUGGUCCUGUUAGAGAUUAUAUGUGGGACAAAAUCAAUCGAAGAUGCAGUUUCUGAAGAAGAAGAAGUCAACCUUGUGAGAUGGGUAAUGCUCCAUGCAGAGGCAAACAAAGACAUCCCUUCUCGCUUGACCAACAUCAUAGAUAACAAGAUGUCUUUGGGCGAAAAUGAGAUGCAAUGUUUCAAUUGUGUUGUUAAUCUUGCAUUGCAAUGUGUAGAUAGAGAAGGAUCCAAGAGACCCACCAUGAAUGAGAUUGUGGCAGGGAUAAGAGUGGUUAUGCUUUACAUCGAGCCUCAAGACAUAAAUGCUGAAAAAUCUGUGGAUGCCUUGCCAACAGAGGGAUAUAAUUCAGCUGAUUGUAGCAGUAGCCUCCAUCACGCUGGCAGAUGA